AUGGCAGCUGAUACUGGGAGAUACAGGAGUGCUGUUAGCAAAAACAAAGACCCCUCAGGUCUUCUCAUCUCUGUCAUAAGGACUUUGUCCAGCAGUGACGAUGUGCAGGAUAGGGAGACAGAGAAGGGUCGUCUGGAAGAGGCUUUUGAAACUUGUGACAGGGACCUGGAUGAGUUGAUUGUUCAGCAUUAUGCUGAGCUCACCACUGCCAUCAGGACCUACCAGAGCAUCACAGAACGCAUCACCAGCUCUCGCAACAAGAUCAAGCAGGUGAAAGAGAACCUAUUGUCUUGUAAGAUGUUGCUCCACUGCAAAAGGGAUGAGCUGAGGAAGCUCUGGAUAGAAGGCAUCGAACACAAACAUGUCCUCCAGCUGCUGGAUGAAAUUGAAAGCAUCAAGCAGGUGCCUCAGCGGCUGGAGGCCUAUAUGGCAAGCAAGCACUACCUUCACGCCACAGAUAUGCUGGUGUCAGCUGUGGAAUCUUUGGAAGGCCCCUUACUGCAGGUGGAAGGGCUUUCAGACCUACGUCUGGAGCUCCACAGCAAAAAGCUCAACAUUCACCUUGUGCUCAUUGACGAGCUGCAUCGACAUCUCUAUAUCAAGUCCACAAGUCGCCUGGGACACAAGAACAAGGACAAAAAUGCUGCUCGCCUUCUAGGCUCCACAAUGAAAGACACUUCUCCAUUGCCUGUUUUGGAUGUCAGCAGCCUUUCCACUCCACGCAAGCUUUUAGAUUCUUCACAGUUCAGCACACCUGGCUCCAGCAGUGUGCGUGAACUGCAGCAGGACGUGCGAGAGUUGAACCAAGCUGACCCUCCAGAGGUAGAUCCAGAGGAGAACAGUGCUGAAUUCAUGGGCAUACUUAUUAAGGCUUUGGCCAAACUAAAGAAAAUCCCAGAAACCAUCAAAGCCAUAAUGGAGCGACUGGAACCCGAGCUUAAACAGAUUGUCAAGAGGUCCACCACUCAGAUAGCAGACCAUGCCUACCAGCGAGGAGAAAACCUUGGACAGGAGAGCCAGCCAAGGCUGUUGCUGGAACUGCUGGAGCUUCUGUUUGAUAAGUUUAAGGCAGUGGCCCAGGCUCACAGUGUGGUGUUGGCCCACCUGCAGCAGAUUGCAGUCCAGUGCCCAGGCGGGGCUCAGGAAGAAGGAAUAAAGCUGUAUGACCAGGCGGAUGUUUCUGCCAAGAUCCAGACGGUGCUGCAGGUUUUGCUAAUGGAGUAUUUGGAUGUGAAGAACAGCCGCAGUGCCACUGAGCCAUCGGCUCAGCUCUCCUAUGCUAGCACAGGCAGUGAGUUUGCUGCCUUCUUUGCUAAGAAGAAACCACAGCGUGCCAAGCAGUCACUCUUCAAGUUUGAGUCAUCAUCUCAUGCCAUUAGCAUGAGUGCCUACCUGAGAGAGCAGAGGCGAGAACUCUACAGCAAGAGUGGAGAAUUACAAGGUGGUGCUGAUGACAACCUAAUUGAAGGUGGAGAGAUGAAGUUUGUGUGUAAACCAGGAGCACGAAACAUCACUGUGAUCUUUCAGCCACUUCUUAGAUUUAUACAGGAGAUCGAGAUGAACAUGGGGCCAGGCCAGGCAAAGCAGUGCCAGCUUCGGGCCUUCCUCACUUACUACAUCAAUGACCUCUUCCUCAACCAGGUGCGAACAGAGAUCAAUAAGGAAAUUGAGGCAGUGAGCAAAGCAGCGGACCCCUUGAAGAUCCUUGCCAGUGCUGACACCAUGAAAGUUCUGGGUGUCCAGAGACCGCUGCUGCAGAGCACAGUGGUAGUGGAGAAGUCCAUCCAGGAUUUAAUGAGCCUAAUGCAGGAUCUGAGUGCCUACUCCAACCAGUUCCUUGAGAUGGUCUGCGACAAGCUGAAAGAGUACAAAGAAAUCUGCAACACAGCAUACAGGGGAAUAGUUCAGUGCGAGGAGAAACUUACCAUCAGUGCCUCUUGGUCUAAAGAUGAGGACAUCAGUCGUUUGCUCCAAUCACUCCCCAACUGGGCAAAUAUGGCUCAGCCCAGACAAACCAGACAGAAGAGGGAGGAUGAAGAGGACUUCACUCGGGCAGCAUUUGCUAAAGAGUCAGAGGUUCUGACUGGGAACCUCGGAGACAAGUUGAUCCCCCAGAAUGAGAUCCUCCGUGAUGUCAGUGACCUGAAGGCUCUAGCCAACCUUCAUGAGAGCAUGGAGUGGCUCGCCAGUCGCCUUAAGACGUUCUUUGCGAACCUUCCUCAUGCUUCCAGUGCAUCGCCUUGCGCAGCAGACAGCCAGGUGGGUGGCGAGAGUGAGCGGAGCAGGGAACAGAUUCUUCAGACCUUGAGUGACCUGUCAAAGGGUUUCCAAGACAUCGCUGAUCGCUGUCUCCUGGUUCUACACCUGGAAGUCAGGGUACAUUGUUUUCAUUACCUUAUUCCACUGACUAAGCAAGGAAAUUAUGCCAUCGUGGCUAAUGUGGAGAGCAUGGACUAUGACCCACUGGUAGUCAAACUGAACAAAGACAUCUCAGCCAUAGAGGAGGCCAUGGGGGCAGCCCUACAGCAGCACAAGUUCCAGUACAUAUUUGAAGGCUUGGGUCAUCUCAUCUCCUGUAUCCUUAUCAAUGGAGCCCAGUAUUUUAAGAGGAUCAGUGAGUCUGGAAUCAAGAAGAUGUGCAGGAACAUAUUUGUUCUCCAGCAGAACCUUACCAACAUCACCAUGUCAAGGGAGGCUGACCUCGACUUUGCCAGGCAGUACUAUGAGAUGCUGUACAACACUGCAGAUGAGCUGCUGAACCUGGUGGUGGACCAAGGCGUUCGCUACACAGAGCUGGAGUACAUCAACGCGCUGUCCUUACUCCAUCGCAGUCAGACCGGCGUGGGAGACCUGAGCACCCAAAACAUCCGGCUGCAGAGGCUGAAGGAGAUCAUCUGCGAGCAGGCUGCCAUCAAACAGGCCACCAAGGACAAGAAGAUCACUACAGUGUAAUAACAAUAAAACACCACAGGGUUUAGCUGGGUACAGUUUUAUUGUUAGCGUUUUUUUUUCCCAGAGAGACGGCCAAUUAAAAGUAAACAUCUUCCCUCAGUAUCAAACACCUUCUGUCCUACAUGAGUUUAAUUUUUGCAGCGGCUAAUGUGAGUCAUGUGAAAGUUAAAAUGAUUGAGCACAAACUUACAAGACAAGAGAUGUUUGAGGCUUAGGUUAGAAAACACUGAAAUAGAGACUUGCUUGAGACUGAAUUUAUAUAAUCCAUCAAUGGAAAAUGUGUCUUCUCCAUUUCAUCUUCUUGCCUGUGUGAUGAAACACAUUGUAGUCAAGGGCUGACACAGAUAUCCUUUCAUCUAGAGCUCAGCAAGUAGAUUAUAUAUAUAUAUGUGCAGGAUAUCGGUCUACCUACUAAGUGCUGACUUUAAUUGGGAAGUGAGAUGACACCAAACACAACUGCAAACUUUUCCUGUCUGCCUGCAUAUGUAUCUAAGAAAUAAGGUUAAUUAUAUUGUCAGUUUGUACUUCUUAAGACACCACAGAUGCAGUAUAAAUGCAGCAGUUUCUAGCAUUCCCUCACUCACCAUGAUUUCAGCUUCAGAUACAAGACGAUUGUCUUGGACACUCACCCAAACUUAGGCCCCUCUCAUCUCAUUUUCCUAUUAGAUCUAAACUGCUGCUCUCAAUUACACCUCUAUCUCUCCUCUUCUGGCGGCCCCGUGGGCCCACUGAUUCUGUCUGCAAUAACAGAUGCCAGAUUAGACUGUCUGAAUGAGGCCACAUCUUCCGCCUGUUGCCAAUUUGGGUUGGUCCCCAAAGAUUUACCGUGCUGAGAAUUGUAUCAUAUCUAUAGCUGUUAAAAAUCUGUUUGUCUUUUUUCUUAUGCAGAAAACUUGUGUGAAAAGUUGUCAGCCAAUUAAUGGUUUUUGCACAUCGAAAAAAGAAAGGGAAGGUUGUUUUUGUAUUGAUUUCUUUUUAAGUUAGCUGAAUUUUUUUCCUACACUCUCCAAAACCAGGACUAGACCUCUUUCAGAAGUUGCAUUUCAUGUUCAUCAAACUACAGUGAACAUGUGUGAGUAAGUUCAUCAGUCAAACUAGUUGUAAUGCUUUGUAAUCUCCACCCCCUGCAUUAAAAUCUUACAUGUUACAAACUACACAUAUAAACUCAAGAGACAAGCAAAUCAUGCCCCCUCUGUUUUUAGUUCAUUAACUUUGGAGAGAAGUACUUAACAAGACUAGGAGAGGGGAAUAGGAGCCUUGUCAAUACAGCAGGCCCAGUACUGGUCUCCCUAAAGCCCACAGAGCAAUCCAUCAUAAUGACACAUCGGGUGGGAUCGAUGGGAAAACAACCAUGGAGCUGCUGAAGGGUUCUCCUACCACUCUGAAAUGUACACUGGGUGUAAAAUCUGAAAUCUGCUCAUUCAGCUGUUCACUUCAGAGCUACUUUUGUAAUGUUAUACAUCGUCAACUUUAAUACAAAGUUAACUGGCUAUGUCAUGUGACACACACAUACGCUUAUACUGGUAUCAAAGUGUACACACAUAAAAUCUUUUUAAGUCAGGAGGGCAGGUGUUUGACUACAUAUAAAUAAAUGGGAACCACUCUGCUGCCAUGCCUGUUAUUUUAUUUAAAAAAAAAAAAAAGAGGUUUGUCAAGUCUAAUAAAAGUCCAUUUGUCCUUGGAGGAAAAUUCUUUGUUUUUGCUGUGUGCAUUUAUUUUUCACCUUCGCAUUGUUUUAUUUGUUCACUGUCCUUUAAAUUGCUCUGAGUAUUCUGUCUACCAGAGGUUUGACAGAUUUGCUAUUGCAUACACUAAUACACGACGUAACAAAUAAAAAAUUCCAAUUAUG